AUGAAAAAUAUAGAUUUUCAUGUGUUUUCAAUUUGUCUAUGUUUGUUUUUUAUCAAUGUUUACGACAUCAAUAAUUAUACAUUGCAAAAUGUCUUCAGUAGAAGAAUGUAUGAACUCAGUAUCACGAUUAUUGCAGUAAUUGGUACAAUUCUGCUAUUAUACUGGCAGUUCUGGAGAUGGAGACACAGAAGAAUGUUGGAGCUCGCCAAAUUGGUACCGGGACCACCGGCUCUACCAAUAGUAGGAAAUGCUUUGAUAUUCAUGACACAACCUGAAAAGCAACUUGUUAAAAUCGCAGCCAUGCUGGAUAAAUAUGGCCAAUACGUCAAGUUCUGGUUGGGACCGGACCUUAAUAUUUGCGUAAAAAAUCCCGCCGAUGUCAGGCUAUUGCUAACGAGCAACAAAGUAAAUCAAAAAGGUCCAUUGUACGACUUUAUGGUGCCAUUCAUUGGGCGAGGAAUACUUACUGGGGGUACAACAUGGCGGAACCAUAGAAAAAUAGCGAAUCCAUCAUACAACAAAAAAUCAGUGCAGCAUUAUUCAGUAAUUUUCAACAAGGAAGUUAAAGAAUUAAGACAAGUUUUACUCUUAAAAGAUCCUAAUGUGAUGUUUGAUGUUUAUGACGACGUAGUAAAAUUUACCACACAAUGUGUUUGUCAAACCCUUAUGGGACUUUCAAAAGAAGAAUCAGAAAAUAUGAAACACAUGAAAGAAGUAGUCAAGGAGACACCUAAUAUCUACAACCAUAUCUUCACCAAAAUGACUCAUUGGUGGCUCUCCAUUUCAUUUGUCAACUGGCUCACUGGUGGAUAUGCUAGAGAGAAACGUUUCAUCAACCUGAUUGAUGACUUGACUUCCGACAUAUUGGUAAAAAGAAGAAGAGCCUUGGGAGGCUGUGCUGCCGAUGCAGAAGGAAUGGGUAUAGUUGACAAAUAUAUUAUAAGCAGUGAACUGACAGAUUUAGAAAUCAAGCAAGAAAUAUUCACAUUAUUUACUACAAGUCAAGAAGCUUCAGCGAAGAUAAUAUCUGGAGUAAUCAUGUUAUUAGCGCAUCUACCAGAUUGGCAGAACAAAGUUUACAAAGAAAUACUCGAGGUAUUAGGUCCUAAUGACGAAUACGUCACAGAAAAUGAUUUGAAGAAACUGCAUUAUUUAGACAUGGUGUAUAAGGAAACGCUGCGGUAUUUCUCCAUUGCUGCAAUGAUACAGAGGACUGUUGAGGAAGAAAUCACAAUUAAUGAUGGUAAAAUCACAUUACCAGCGGGAACUUCUCUGGUCAUCCCUAUUCACGAGAUCCAUAGAGACCCUCAGUACUGGGAUGAACCGCUGAAGAUCAAACCGGAACGAUUUCUGCCGGAAAACAUCGAUAAACGGGAUCCUAAUGCUUUUAUUCCAUUCAGUUUGGGACCUAUGGAUUGUUUAGGUCGCGUGUAUGCAACAUGUCUUAUUAAAACAUGUGUAAUUCGGGUAUUGAGACAUGUUCAGUUUGAAGCUGAAGGAAGAUUGGAUAAUCUUGAUCUCCAUGUGGCCAUCUCCGUGAAGGCUGCUGAAGGAUAUAAAGUGAGAGCCAGACAGCGUCACAACGAAAGUAUAGAUUAA